AUGGGUAACCUGGUUACUAUGGCAUCCGUAGUCGGAGGUAUUGCUGCUCAAGAAGCGAUGAAAGCCGUCACUCAUCAUAUGACUCCUCUGAAGCAGUGGCUCUACCUAGACAGUGAUGACGCGUUACCCGGAGAUUGGAGUCGGUUUGACAAUGCCAAGCUAACUGUUGAAGAUUGCAAACCU